AUGGAUGAAGCAAAGUCGAAAAAAACAGAUGAGCAAAAAUGUAGUGUUGAAUACAGUAAUUCGAAUAUAAGAAAUAACGAAAUGGAGGUGAACAUAAACCAUGGGAACAAUAAAGGAAUAGGAAAGAAAAUUAAUAAAGACAAAAGAAUGGUUUUUAUAGGAAACUCAAACUGUGAUAUAGAUGAAGACAUACAUUUUUCUGUUGAAACAGUAAGGAGUGAUACAAAUAAAGGCAAUGGAAAAAAGGUAAACGAGCAUUCGAAUCUUGCUGGUAAUAUGCCAUUUGCAAAAUGGGAAGGAUAUGAAAAUUUUACUAACGAUAAAAGUCCAACGAAUGAUACACGUUUGCAGCAUUCACGGUGUAACAGCAGGAGUGGAAAUCCCAAUAGAAACAGACCCAUUUUUGAUAAAUAUAUCUUGAGUGCGGAUAACAAUUUGAAUGCUAACAGUGCAAGGACCAACAAUAACUAUGCACCGGAUGAAGGACGUUUACUAAUGAGUUCUAUGAAUAUUAGUGAAAAUAACUCCAUAGCAAAUUAUAUCUAUCCUGACAAUAUUUCAAAUGAUUUAAUUAGCUUCGGGAUGGUAGGAAGUGAAAAUCAUAAUAAUAACAUUUACAAUUAUAACCAUAACAUGAAGCAGCGCAGGGAAGAGGGGGUUGACGGUCUCUUCAACAACAUUAGUCAUGAUAUCAAGAAUUAUAAACCCAGUCACUAUACGCAUGGAAAUCUUAUCUAUGGUAAAAUUAUGCAUGGUAAGCCUAUGAAUGGUAAGCCUAUGAAUGGUAAGCCUAUGAAUGGUAAGUUUAUACAUAGUAGUUGUAAUAAUGACAACCUGAACAACAGCAGUCAUGAUAGCGCUUACAACGAUAGCGGUCAUAGUGGUAAUAAUUAUUUAUCCCUUAAAAACUGUGAAAUUAAGAGUACUCCUUCUUCAAAAAAUAGUAAAAGUGAGUGUGACAACAUGAAACAUGGUAGUUACGUUGAUAGACAACCUGUUCCUACAUCCUUAAGGAAUUACAUGUUAUCUCCUAAAAAGAGUAAUAUAAAAACAAUUUCAAUCAUACAUGAAAAAACGAAUAAUAUAAGUAAGAAAAGCUACCUUAAUAAUGUUAUAUCUACUAAACAAAAUAAGAAUAUUACAAAGGAAAUGGCUAUAAAUUUUGAUAACAGUAAUUAUAAUUUUAUUUCUAAUUCCAAUUCUAAUUCUCCUUAUGGAAGCACUGAUAAAUAUUUGAAGGGGACACAAAUCAGUCUCUCAGACUAUUGUAUCAAGGGAAGGAAUGUAAAUGAUAAAAAUAAUAGAAGCAGCACAAAUAUUGUGAAUGAUGAUGUUAGCGGUAAAGAUGUAAAUUCUUCUCAAUGGGAAAGCAUCUCAAGGGGGGAGGUCCGGAAAGCCGAGGUUAGCCCUAUUAGCCCGAUUAGGGGCAUCAUGAAUAGCAGUGAUAAUAUAGAAAACAUCAGCAACAUGCGCAAUAUGGAAAACUGUGGAAAUAGUUGUAUUCCUAGGGGGAACGUCUUUUCAAAACUUAGCGAAGGUGAUCCGUUUAGCAAGACAUGCAGUUCGAUGCAUGAGAUAAAUGGAUCUACUAAUAUGCAAAAAGAUAAUUAUACUAUUGAUAUAAAGCAGACAGAUAAUAAACGAAUGGCACUUGAAAGGAAGGGAGCAUAUACAUUAAUCACAGGAGGUACCAACAUGCAUACGAAUCAGCGGUUACAUGGCAAUUAUAGUUCAUCAGAUUCAAGGAUAGGAAAAUGCAAGAUACGGUACUAUAACAAAAGUGGAGAGCAAUUUUUGCAGAAAAAUUACCAGAAAAACUGCGUAAUGAAGAGUGUACCAAGAGAUGACCUUUUUUUUGUGCAUGCAGAAGGGAAAAAGGGGACAAGUAAAAGUAGUGCUCUAAAUAUAAUGAUGAUGAAGUCUAGUAACAGUGGUUAUAACAGCGAUUUGAUUAGCGGUUUUAACAGCCGAUGUGAUAACAGUCAUAACAAUUGCAAUAACAGCUGCAACACUCAUGGAAAUGGUAGUGAGACUUAUUACGAGAAAGAGAACGGUAGAAAAGGUGCUAAUGAGUGUUAUGAGGACGAGGAUAAAGAGACUAACAUAAGACGCCUAGAUGAGUUGAACAACUUUUUCAAAUUAAACAACGAGUACGAAAAUUCUCCUACUGUGAGCAGCAGUAAAAAUAAUAGCUACAGUAAUAAUAAUAAUUGUAGUAACAACUGCAAUCGGAAUGAUAACUGGAAUCAGCAUGGAAAUUACAACAAACAUGGAAACUGUAACAGGCAUUGUAUUCACCAUUGCAAAUGCAAUAGUAAUGCUAAUCGCGAUAAAUACUGUAGCAGUGUGAACGGAACCAAGACAGUGUACGCAGAAGAAGAGGGAGGGGGAAAAAAACAAAUUGAGAUGAAAAGCCAAAUAAAUUAUUUUGAAAAAAGGGGGAGCAUUAAUUACAGUGGUCUGUUGACAUCAAUGGUAUCAUCUAUAUUAACACAACAGAAUGAAAGAAAAAUUAAAGAUAACAGUUGUUUAAAUUAUUCAUGGAAAAGAAAUGAGUAUGAUUAUACUUUGUUACAUCAUAAGAUAGAUUCGGAAAAUAUGAAAAAAAAUGAGCAUGUUUAUCUUUUUUCAAAUAAAAUAAUAGAAGGAAUAAAUAAAAAAACAUCUAGUGAAAAUAUAUUAAUAGUAACUCUAACAUUAAUGAUCUGUAUAUCUGUAUUAUGUAACUAUGACCAUGGUGCGAUACCAGUUACUUUAGAGGAAAUACAAAAAGAUUUUCCUUUAAGUUAUAUUGAACAGUCAUUACUUGGAAGUUUAGUAUAUUUCGGUUUAAUAAUAGGAACAAUAAUAGCUAGUGUUUUAUUUGAGUUAUUGUCAGCAAAAUUGUUAGUUACUAUUAGUAUAAUCUUAUUAUCUAUAUCUUUAUAUAUAUUUAGUCAUGCUAAUUGUGUUCUAUUUAUGUAUAUUUCAAGAUUUGUAAAUGGACUAUGUCAAGCUAUACCUGUUGUAUAUAUACCAGUUUGGGUCGACGAGUUCUCACCAGAUAAAAAGGCUACACAGUGGAUGUCCUAUAUUCAGUUGGCAUCUAUUGGAGGCACUGUAUUUGGAUAUUUUUUAGGAGGAAUUUUAUCAAAUAAUUAUAAUUGUUAUAAUAAAAACGAUUCAGUAUUUUCUAGUGUAUCUUUUUUUACUAAUUGGAGAUCACCUUUUUUGAUCCAGUCAUUUUUACUCCUACCCUUAUUCUUUAUUAUAAUUUUUAUUCCGUCUGAUAUUAUUAACAUAAGUGCAAGUAAGACGGAUUCAGGAAGCUCAAGCGGGGAAGCAUGCGAAGAAGAUAUAGGGGAGUACGUUGGCAGAUGCACAAGCGGUUACGCAGGUGCACUCACUGAAGAGUACGUUGAUGGCUACACUCAGCGCUAUGACAAAUGUAAUAUGGAUGCUUCAAAAGCACGGGAGGGGGAAGCCUAUGAAACAAAGUGGUGCACGAAAAAGAAUAUCAAAAGCAUAAGUGAAGAACAAAAGGAUGUGAGGCAAAACGGAUUAUCAUAUGAAAAAAAAAAUAAUGCAGUGCGUAAAAAUUUUAAUAGAUCAGCUACGUAUAUUAUGGAAAAGAAAACAAAUGUUUUAAAGAAAACUUUUAAAGAAGUAAAAAAAUUAUUAAAUAAUAGAUUAUAUAUAAUCAUAACCUUAGGUAUGAGUAAUUUAUAUUUCGUUGUGACUGGUAUACAAUUCUGGAUAACUGAAUAUAUGUCAGUAGUAUUAUUAACAGAGAAAAUGAAAAUUGUUACAGUAUCUACUUUAUGCUUUUUAACAUCUCCUACAUCCGGAGUUUGGUUUGGUGGAUUCAUAUGUGAUUUAUUUGGAGGAUAUAAAAAUACAAAUUAUUUUAAAACAAUUAAAGUAGCUACUGCUUUUGCUAUUUCUGCUUGUAUUUUCGGUAUACUAUCGGCUCAUUUGUCCAAUUUUAUUUUCUUCUCUAUUUGCUUGUGGCUCUGCCUUUUUAGCGGUUCCGCCUUGGUACCUGUUGCCGUCGGCAUGCUCUUAUCAUGUGUUAACAAUCAUCAGAAGAGUUUAUCAUCUGCCGUUUCGCAAGUAAUAUAUAACGUCUUUGGUUGGUUUUCAGCCCCCUUAUUAUCUGGAAUUAUUAUGGACAUAAUGCACAAAUACACAAACGAUAACAGGCUAGCUUUAAAGGCUGGUUUUACCAUGAUUUUAUACUCGAGUUUUAUAGGUUUCCUUUUGCUUUUGUAUGCAAAUUUUUUGGACUUUUCUGACAAAAAAGAAAAUGAAGAAUUUCUGGAAUUAGAGGAACCGCUUACGUAA